AUGCCCUACACCCUCCUCCAAGCCCUCGGCUACAUAGCCCAACACGAAACCCUGCAAUGGGAACGAAUCUUCAGCCCUCCCAACUCGCCUCGCUACCCAAUCAUCCUCAAGAUCAAUCGCAAGACCAACACAGCCUCAUCAUACAUCGACAGAUCAUGUAAGCUUCGCCUCACGCGGAGGGAUGGCGUGAGGAAGAAGAGUAUGUUGGUGUUCAAGAGGAGCCGUACCAAGGGUGGUAGGAGUGCUAAGUGCCAGUAUCAGCCUUGUGGAGAGACAUGUCUGAAGGGAACGGGCUGUAAGAUCUGUGGGACUUUCGUCAAGAUGUGGGUGGAUGAUCUUGAGAAGGCUGUGCCGGCGUUGGAGGCGCAGAAAAAGGAGAAGGAGAAGGAGCGGGAAGUUGGGGAGAGUGAUAGUGGGUAUUCGAGUAUGUGUGAGAGCUGA